AUCCGAUUCUCCCCGCCGCAGAAGCCGAUUGCGAGGGCGAAACUCAUUUCCAAUGUUCUUCACAUAAUUUCGGAGCUAUGGAGCAUCUGUUCGAAGCUUACUCAAAUACUUCUGACGAAGACAACCAAGAAGAUGAACCUCAGCCCAAGCGUUUAGCUCUCCCCUCUUCAACAUCGAAGAGACCCGAACAUUCCCAAUUCCAGCCGAUGUUCCGGCCAUCGCAUAGCCCGGACUCCACUUCAGAGCCUCAAAAGGAGAUUAUGGUUCCUGGACGCUACAUUUCCAAGAGGGAGCGAGCACUCAUGAGUUCAGCUCCAGUUUCUAGGGCUCCAGAAUCAUUUCUGAAUCCAUCCGUCCAAUCUUCAACCGUUGGAAGUCUUUCGGAUUCUGAUCUUCCACGUGAUAUCUUGUCAUUGUUGAGAAGUAGAGCUAAGAACUAUCUGCAGCAAGGCCUCAUGCCUAAAAGGAUGUCUGUAAGUCUUGACUGCCAUACAAAAGCCGUCAAUGCAGUUCAAUGGUCACCAAGUCAUGCUCAUCUCCUUGCUUCUGCUGCUAUGGAUUACACAAUCUGCAUAUGGAACAUAUGGAGCACUGAGCAGAAGCUAGCAUUCAAGUCAAGCAUCCACAACGCUGCAGUUAAAGAUGUUGAAUGGUCACAACAAGGAUUAUCUAUUCUUUCUUGUGGAUAUGAUUGUUCUUCAAGAUUGAUUGAUGUUGAGAAGGGAACAGAAGUUGGACUAUUCAAGGAGGAUCAAGGCGUUGCAGUUGUAAAGUUCCACCCUAACAACCCAAGUGUCUUCCUUUCCGGUGGACUGAAAGGCAGCCUACGAAUGUGGGAUGUGAGAAUUGGAAAAGUGGUCAACAAAUACAAUCGACGGCUUGGCCCAAUUCUUGAUGUUGAAUUUACUCCUAAUGGCAAUCAAUUCAUUUCUUCUAGCGAUGUUUCUUCAAGCAAUAGCAGUGAAAGUUCUGUCAUCGUUUGGGAUGUCACAAGAGAAGUUCCGCUUUCAUAUCAGGUUUAUAUGGAAGCCUACACUUGUCCAUGCGUGAGAUGCCACCCAUUUGAUCCAGUUUUUAUUGCCCAAUCGAACGGAGAUUAUAUUGCAAUCUUCUCUCUAAACCCACCUUUCAAAUUAGACAAAUACAAGAGGUAUGGAAGUCAUGUAGUCUCAGGCUUUCCAAUAAAAUGUAACUUCAGCUUGGAUGGCAAGCAAAUCAUCUCUGGUUCUUCAGAUGGCUCUAUAUAUUUCUACGAUUAUAAAUCAUCCUUGCUUAUACACAAACUAAAAGCAUCUGAACAGGCUUGCACAGACGUUGCCAUCCACCCAACCUUACCUAAUGUAAUUGCUUCGUGUAGUUGGAAUGGAAAUAUUUCCGUGUUCCAGUGAUUGUUCUAAUUUAUGUCUUGUAAUCGCUUCGUGUAGUUGGAAGAGAAAUAUUUUCGUGUUUCAGUGAUUGUUCUAUUUUAUGUCUUGAUUGUUAUCA